GGAGAGGUGCCAGGACACCUCGCCAGACGUACACAGGCACUUUCGCCCCCGCUAACGAUCGCUCCUUCCAGACCCUCGAUUUUCCCGGGUGUGGAACCGACCCGACGAGUCUCCGCAUCCCGCCUUCGUCGCGCGGCCUCUGGAGGAAGCUCCUAGCUCUUCGGGUCCCUUUAUACUGUGGAGACUGAGGCCCUAAGUGCGACUGUCAGCCCUUGGUCGCCGCCCAGUGCGGGGUGGGGUUAGGAUGAGCCUGCGGGUUCCGACCCGGCCGGGAGCGUCGCGCAAGAACUCGCCGAAGCCCACUUUUUGGCCCCCCUUCUCAUCAUUGCGGAGCCCAGUGACAUUUGAGGAUGUGGCCGUGCACUUCUCCCGGGAGGAGUGGGGGCUCCUUGAUGAGGCUCAGAGGCACCUGUAUCAUGAUGUGAUGCUGGAGAACUUUAAGCUCAUGACCUCACUUGGUUGUUGGCAUGAAGUGAAAGUUGAGGCCCGUUCUAAGCAGAAUGCUCCUGUGGAAGGGGUGUUCCAGGUCAGGAUCCCCAAUAUAUAUCCUUCUACCCGGAAGACUGAUACCUGUGACAUGUGUGGCCCAUUCAUGACAGACAUUUUACAUCUAGAUGAGCAUCAAGGAACACAUCCUGAGGAGGCGCCCUACACAUGUGGAACAUGUGGAAGACAGUUUUGGUUCAGUGCAAACCUUCCCCAGUACCAGGAGCACAGUGGAGAGAAGCCCUUCAGAUGGGACAAGAACAGGGAUUCCUUUUUUAAGAGCUCUAUGGUCUGCCUGUCAGAGAAGCCCUUCACUUGCAGGCAAGGUGGUAAGGAUGUCUCAGACAGCCAUGACCUCCAUCAGUACCCGGCCUCUGACAGCAGUGGGAAGUCACACAGGAGCACCGAGUGCAGAGAGUCCUUCCCACAUAGUUCCAACUUUGGGCAGCUCCCAGAAGGCCAUACCACAAAGAAGCUCAAGCACAGUGACUGUGGCAAAGCCUUCCAGAACAGAUCGGCCCUCCUCAGCCACACGAAAACUCACUCUGAACAGACACCAUUUAAACGCCCAACAGUUGGAAAUUCCUUAGAGGAGAAAUCAAACCUUGUUAAUUACCAAAAAUCUCACACCGGAGAAACAUCUUACCAGUGUAAAGAGUGUGGGAAGGCCUUUAGGUACCCAUCUAAGCUGAGGAAGCACCAGAAAUUUCACACUGGAGCAAAAUACCAUCAGUGUAGUGACUGUGGGAAAACACUAAGUCACAGACUCACACUUCUUCGUCACCAGAGAAUCCACAGAAGAGAAAGGCCUUAUGAGUGUAGUGCAUGUGGGAAAGCCUUUAGUAACAGGUCACACCUCACUCGGCAUGAGAGAGUUCACACUGGAGAAAAGCCUUUUCAGUGCAGCAAAUGUGGAAGAGCGUUCAGCCAAAGCUCCAAUUUCUUUCGGCAUCAGAAAGUUCACACCCAAGUAAGACCAUAUAAGUGCAAUCAGUGUGGUAAAGCCUUCAGCCGGAGCUCUGCUCUCAUUCAACACUGGAGGAUUCACAGUGGAGAAAGGCCUUUUGAGUGCCGUGAGUGUGGGAGAGCUUUUAACAAUAACUCCAAUCUUGCUCAGCACCAGAAAGUUCACACUGGAGAACGACCUUUUGAAUGUAGUGAAUGUGGAAAAAACUUUAGCCAAAGCUCCCACCUCCUUCGACAUCAGAAAGUUCACACUGGAGAACGGCCAUUUGAAUGUCGUGAAUGUGGGAAAGCGUUCAGCAACAGCACCAUCCUCAUUCAGCACGAGAAAGUACACACUGGGCAAAGGCCUUACAAAUGCAGCAAAUGCAGGAAAGCCUUCAGCCGCAGCUCCAGCCUGAUGCAGCACUGGAGGAUUCACACAGGAGAAAGGCCUUAUGACUGCAGCGAAUGUGGGAAGGCCUUUGCUCACAGUUCGAGUCUCAUUGAGCACUGGAGAGUUCAUACAAGGGAAAGGCCGUAUGAGUGCAAUGAAUGUGGGAAAUUCUUUAGCCAAAACUCCAUUCUCAUUAAACAUCAGAAAGUUCACACUGGAGAAAGGCCUUAUGAGUGCAGUGAAUGUGGGAAAUUGUUUAGCCGAAAGUCCAGCCUCAUUUAUCAUUGGAGAGUUCACACUGGAGAAAGGCCUUAUGAGUGCAGUGAGUGCGGGAGAGCCUUCAGCAACAACUCUCACCUGGUUCGUCACCAGAGAGUUCACACACAAGAAAGGCCCUACAAGUGCAGCCAGUGUGGGAAAGCUUUUAGUGAAAGGUCCACACUUGUUCGACACCAGGUAGUUCAUACCAGAGAAAAGACUUAUGAGUGUGGUCACUGUGGGAAACUCUUUAGCCGCCUCUGCAACCUUGCUCAGCAUGAAAGGACUCAUACCUGAGUGGAGCCUUAUGGAAAUGGACUUUGUGAGAGAGUCUUCAUUCAGGUCAACCUUCAUGCAGUAGAACCCCAACAGAGAUAUUACCCACUUGCACCACUGAUGUGGAGAAGCCUUCAGACGCUACUCUGCCUUUUCCGAGUAGCCUAGGAACCUGGGCAGACCUGUCACCUAGAGCACAGUCCUCUGUCCAGCCUGCCUGGUUCCAGGCAAUUGCAGUAGUCCUCAGCUUCCUGUACCUUCUCUUCCUUCCCUAGAA